UUUAGAUUAACAACUUUACAUUAAUUUAAUUUCAUAUAAAAAAAAGGUAAUGUCUAUAAUUGCAUGCGCCAGGCCCUCCAAGCUAACAGACGAGAUUUUCUCUGAUUGAUGUCUGGUUGUUGAAAACAUAUUCCCCAACCUGUUGUUCUUGUCUUAAUUUUCCUCGGUCCAAAGUUCCAGAAAUGGGCGAUUUCCAAGGCCCCUUCAUAGUGUCACCCCCUCCUUCGCCCUCUUCCUCGGACAAGUCCAGCACAACCAUGUUAUACUAUGGGCUUGUGGUGGUGGGGGUUGCAGCGGCGGCAUUAGCCCUGUACAACUUCAUAAUCAUCAGGAGGAGCAGAAGGAGGCACGUGCAAUCAGAAGGCGAAGGGGGAAAUGGGUUGGUGGAGGUGGUGAGUGAAAGUAGAAUAGAGAACUCGGUGUCAAGCUUCAAGUACAAGAAAGAAGGAGUUGUGGGUUAUGAUGAUGAAUGCUCAGUUUGCUUAUCUGGUUUUGAAGAAGGAGAAGAAGUUCGGAAGCUUCCACAGUGCAAGCACUGGUUCCACGCUCCAUGCAUAGACAUGUGGCUCUACUCUCACUUGGACUGCCCAAUUUGUCGAACACCUGUGGUGCGUUUCUCUCAGACAUUGCUGGAAUGAUGUAGCGGUGUGUUUGUAAAUUAUAAGUGCGAUGAGCGAUUAUGAGUUUGUAAAUGGAUUUUGCGGAAUUGAUUCAGAAUGAAAUGCAAAUUAGAAGAUGGUUUGUGGGGUCUGACACUGCGCUGGAAUUGUGACCACUCAGUCCUUCAACACUUUCUCCACAAGGAACAGACACAGCUAAAGCACCCAACUUUGGAUACCUUGUUCCUGAUGUUACGUCAAAAAAAGAGAUCUUAAAGUAUAUCUCUUGGUGGGAACAAGAAUUUGCUGUCUCUAAUAGGCUUAAUCAUUUCGAACAAGAUUUCUUCUCAUAUAAAAAUGUAAGAUUUCAAGAUUUUUAUUUUGAUUUUGAUUCCUUGUCGUCAAGACAUGAGUGAGUGAUAGGAUCUCAUUUUUAAUUUUAAAUAUCUCAUUGCCGUUCACUUUAGGCUCACUCAUAAAUAAUUUAUUCAUUUUAUUAUAUAUAAACUGAUUUU